CUCCUCUCCAUGGCCCUCGCCAAGGAGCGAACACUAGAAGGCUUGCAAACCCGUUCACCCUACGGGAAUGUCCAUGGAGGAGGGCGUUCUAUUCCAGGUUUGGAUCCUUCUUCGGUUCAUGUAUCCAGCUACGAGGGCCACAACAGUAAUGUGGUGCUUGAAGAUGGACAGGGCUCCGAGUCCCUCGAGAGCUAUUCUCGGGGCCUUGUUCCUCUGUUGUCUGAUCCAAGCAACUCCCCAAGCGGUAGCUUCGUGUUUGGGCCGGUGGACUCCUCUCUUCAAGAAGCUCAUUCCGUCGUCAACUUCAAGGCAGCGUCCGACCACUGGGCAUACUCAGGCUCUUCGGUGCUUAGCUUUGAUCAGCAAGGGGAUACCGUACUUUGCACCGACUACCAAAACAUUGAUCAAGAAGAUGAGUGCGCUAUUUGGAUGGAUGCCAUGGGUCAAAAUUACCAGCUGAAUCAACGGAUGACCAAUGCCAUCAAUAAUGAUUACCGACACGGCAAGGAGCUGCCGGAUCUGGGUGUGGCUGCUGGUGAUGGCCUUCAAGAGAGUGUUGAGCAAGAGAAAAGCAACCAAAAGCGCACCUAUACGGGUGGUGAUUUGCAAGCCUCCAAGAAGCACUGCGGCAACACGAGGAAAACAAAGGCCAAGCCUGUUCCAUCCAAGGAUCCUCAGAGUAUUGCAGCAAAGAAUCGGAGGGAGCGGAUCAGCGAGCGGCUCAAGAUUCUACAAGAUCUAGUGCCCAAUGGCUCAAAGGUUGAUUUGGUUACCAUGCUAGAGAAAGCCAUUAGCUAUGUUAAGUUCCUCCAAUUGCAAGUGAAGGUGCUGGCAACUGAUGAGUUCUGGCCAGCGCAAGGUGGGAAAGCAGCGGAUGUGUCGCAAGUGAAGGAGGCCAUCGAUGCCAUCUUGUCUUCUCACAGAAGUAGGAACUCUAGUUCUAACCAAUAGGCCUUUCACACAGGAAGAAGUCAAGCAUGAGAAGAGCACCUCAGUGGAAGAAAUAAAAAAAGGGAACCUCCACAUGCCAAAAAAAUAUCAAUGCAUGCUUUGGAGCUGAGCGCUGACGAGAGAAAAAGA